GGCAUGCGCGUGGUGUGUUUUGUUUCUUCUCUUGUCUCCUUUUCCUUCUUAUCCUACGCACCUCUCUCUCUUUCUCUCUCCACAAUCUCCAUCAUCGACUACACUCACUCACUCACUAGUGUUAUGCAGUACUAGUUGUUCUUCUUCCCUGUCUCCUCUUGAUCCUUGCAUGAUUCGGUGGUAACUUCAAUCUUUAUGUGUUUGUUUUUGUUGCUUACUACGGUGGUGGUGGUGGUGGGUCCAGCUCCGUCGUCGUUUUAUCCCCAUCAAUGGUUGCUUUCUUGCUCAGUCUAGCACAGUGGUUUUUGCAGGGGUUUGUUCCCGUGUCUUUUCUGGUUCCUGACAUUAUUUCAACUCUUUUGUUGCUUUCUCAAAUGGGGUUACUUUUGUGCUAUGGUUAUGGAGAAAAGAUAUGAUUUUUUUUCUUCUGGGUUUGUGGGGUGAGAGAAUGUGAAGUUCCUCUUGGUGGAGAGAGUUUUUAAGAGCUAAAAGUUUGCUCUUUUCUUUUUGGUUCUAAAUAAAAGUUGGGUUUUUUGGUUUGAUUUGGUGGAAUGAGUGAUUCUACUUCUUCAUGUUUGGCCAUUGCGGAGAAGAAGGCACAGAAGCCAGGUGGCUGUUCUGGCAUUUUCUUUCAGCUCUUUGAAUGGAAGAGGAAGCUUGCAAAGAAGAAGCUCUUCUCUAAGAAGCUUCUGCCUCCUGCUCGUGCUAAAAGGUUUAAGGGAGAUGAAAAAAUGCCAAAUUCCAAGAUCCACUUGAUUGCUAAUGAGAAUAGUGGAGGUUUCCCAAGUGCCAAGAAAGGUGGGAAUUAUGGCUUUGAGGUGAUAGUGCCACAAAAGAGUGAAAUGCGAGCUCCCGGUCUGGUAGCUAGAUUGAUGGGCCUAGAAUCUAUUCCGGCUUCAAAGCGUGAUAAGUCGAAGAAAGGUUUGAAUUUGGAUGGUUUUGGUGAUAAUGAGAAGGAGUGUAAGAGUAAUUGUGAGUUAGAUAGGCACGGCAUGGAUUCGGAAAUAGUGGUUAUGAAGCAUGAUUCAAGACCUGAGAAGCUUCAGAAGACCGGGACAGAUGAGAGACGGGCAGUGACGAGGUUUGGAGCCGAGGCCUUGCAAAUUAAGCAUGUUUUGGCCAGAGCAAGAAAGUAUCAUCAUCAUCAUCAUCAUCACCAUCCAAAGCUUGCAUCUCAGUUGAUGAGCCCAAGAAUUCCUUCGACGAAGAGUGCCUCUCGAAGCUCUAGGUUGAUAGGAGCAGCUACUAGAAUUUUGGAACCUGGAUUACAGGCUAGAAGCAGAGCUAAAGGUUCUCUUCUCACAUAUCAUGGUUCGGCAUUUCCUCCUAAAACCAGCAAUGUGACAAAUUGUGAGGGGCCUAGUUCGGCCGUUAUGCAAAAUCAACUUGACUAUGAUGCAAGCACAGCCAAGCCUUUGAUGGGGCAGACUUCUUGCAAAAAUUGUGGUAAUUUAGUUGAUGUUGUUGACUGCAAGCUGGAUGUUCCUUUACCUGUUGUGUCAGAUGUGUUUGCAACAACCUCUGUGGUAUCAUCACAGAAGAAUGGUAGGUUCUUCACUCCCUCUCCUUCUCCCUCUCAUGAACAAGAAAGAGAAAUAGUUCUUCUAAGAAGUCAGGAAAAGCUCAUGUCUCUUGCUACUGAGAAAGAAGGAAUGGAUAAUGUGCAUCAAUUUUGUAACAAACACAUCACCAAGAGAAUGACAGUGCCCCGUGACGGUCCAGAUAUCUGGAACCCAUCGAGCCAAUCAGUUAGUACUGGAGAGGGUGAUGCAUCUUCCUCUGCAUUAAAGCACAAACCGCAAACACAAGAACGAAUGUUGAGCAACGAAAGAAGUUCAUCUGCUUCUACAAUGAGUAAUACAGGAGUAAAAAGAAUGUCAUCAUCUACAAGCAGUGUGAAUGAGACUAAAGACUUUGUUGCUCUGAAUAGAAGCCUAAGUGGUCAAGUGAGGAUAAGGUCACCCACCAAAGUAGAUAGUUCCAAAUUCGACCUUGAGAAAAAACCAAGUUUUAGUCAGAACAAAUCCUUGUCUGAUGUAAGGACAUUAGAGAGAAAAAGAAGAACCUCAAAUGUCAUGCAAGGUAAAAGUACAGCUCCUUGUUCAGCUGGAGUGAGUCAGAGAAAUCUUCGAUCCGAUGCACUUGUCGGGAAACAAAAGGGAUUCAUCGCAUCCUCCUGGAAUUGUUCUAACAUCAAAAGUAAACAGUGCAGUAAGGAGAAAACAGUGAAGGUUAAUGACAACAAAACCAAUGAGGUGGUUUCUUUUACAUUUAAUUCUCACUUGAAGCAAAAGAUAGGCAUAGAUUCUGAGAAGGAAGAGAUAAGCAACAAUAUUGAGAGGAAGACAUGCUUCCAAAGACCUUCGCCCUUGCGAGUUGAUGGGUUAAGUGCCUUUCUAGAACAAAAGUUGAAAGAAUUAACUUCUCAAGAAGAUUAUGAUUUGGCUACAGGUACUCCAUCAAAAAAAUCAACUGCAAUGAUUCUUCAGGAGCUGAUAUCUGCUCUAAGUUCAGAGCGCCUGAUUUGCUGUAAUGGUCAUAUGUUUGAUGAAAAUUCCAGGUUUCAUAAUGGGCCAAGACAAGAAGGGAUAUUCGGAGCUUCUUGCAAUGGUAAUCAUCACAGUCCUGGAUCAGUUCUUGAAGCUUCCUUUUCUUCUAGUAGUUUGGAUGAAAGCUCAGUUUCAGGGCAGGGUUAUCACCCUUACUCCAUGAAUAACUCUUAUGAUCAGCUGGAACAAUUGGAACAUGAUGCUGAACUCACAGAUUCUGCAACAACAUCUUCAAACAAAGGGAGAGUAGUUUGUGAGCUACUGAUUGAUCUUGUCAACCAAAUUCCCGGGCCAUUACAAAGCUUAUAUUCUUUUGGGCCAAGUUUGACAAGAAGCAAGCUCACUCAUAUGAAAGAUGUUAUCUUGAAUGCUGAAUUGGUUAUCGGAAUCGACACCGUCUUUGGUCGGGACGAAGCCCCGGAACUUGUAAUUCAUCGGUUCCUCCUCGACGAACUGGACACCAUGGCAAGUGAUAUUAUGUGGAGAAAUUUUAAUCUCUUUGUGGGCUGCACCGAUUCUAGACAUCAAAACAAACUUAAGGGGUUCCUCUUUGACUGUGUUAUAGAAUAUCUAGAAUCAAAUUGCUGCCGUUAUCUUGAGUGUGGAUUCAAGCUAUGGUGGACUAAAUUGCAGCAAUGCUUGAAAUCCAAGGUGUUGGCUCAGGAGGUAAAGGCUGAGAUUGAAAGAUGGGGGAGCAUGGCUGGGAUGGAACAUGAUGAAAUAAUAGAAUGGGAAAUGAGCUACUCUUUGGGGAAAUGGAUAGAUUUUGAUAUUGAAACAUUUGAGGCUGGUGUUAUGAUAGAUAGGUGCAUAUUUCAAAGUUUGUUGGAUGAAAUUGUUCAAGACCUUGUUGUAGGUUGCAAACACCAGCAUUGUUCAUCAUGCAAUAUCUAUCUCCCUAUCACUAAUAGUCAUUGCUAGGAACCAACAUGUAUUUUUGUACAAAAACCAUUUGGGGAUCCAUGGAUUAUUAGUAGACAAAUAAAUAUAAGAUACAAAUGCUUGUUUUGUGUGUGAUU